CCAUGCCCAAAAGAAAGGCCGAAGGGGAUACUAAAGGAGAUAAAGCCAAGGUGAAGGACGAGCCACAGAGAAGAUCUGCAAGGUUGUCUGCUAAACCUCUUCUUCCAAAGCCAGAGCCCAAGCCUAAAAAGGCCCCUGCAAAGAAGAGGGAGGAGGUACCCAAGGGGAAGAAGGGGAAAGUCAGUGAUGGUAAGGAUGAGAAUAAUCCUGCAGAAAAUGGAGACACCAGAACAGAGCAGGCACAGAAAGCUGACAGUGCUGGAGACACCGAGUGA